AUGGUUUAUGAGUCAAGUAACAAGGAACUUCAUGAAUCAGAUAUAAUUAAAGCACUAUGGAGGUACUACCUAUCUCCAGCAUAUGCCGUGGAGUUUACCUUGGGUGCCCUUGGCAACCUGGUAGUCAUCCUGGUUUAUGUGUUCUGCUUGUCAUCGUGGAAGAGCAGCAACGUAUACCUUUUCAACUUGGCUGUAUCUGACCUCAUUUUCCUGUGCACCCUUCCUGGUCUGGCCUAUAACUACUCACACGGCAUUGAGGAAAUCCCAUCCUUCAUGUGCAUUGCCAAUCGGUACAUCUUGCAUGUGAAUCUGUAUUCCAGCAUCCUGUUUAUGGCAUGGGUUAGCGUAGACCGCCUUCUACUCCUACACCACCUGAACGGUGAUCAUGUUCUGCUGACACUGCGCAGUUCUAUCUGGGUGUCUUUUUUUACCUGGGUAGCCGUCAAUAUCCUGAUUGCCCCUCUGAUCUCAUUCAUUGUAAAGGACAUGGCAAGCAGCAACUGGACCAAGUGUAAUGAUUUUGGGAAUCUAUCUGGGGAACUGAAUAUGCUGGGAUACAGUCUUUGUCUAACAGUGAUUGGAUACCUGUUACCCCUGCUGGCUCUCUUUGCCUCGUCAUAUCAGAUCACCUCCAUUCUCAAAACCCAGCAGGGAGUUUUUGGGACAUCUUUUCAGAGACCCCUGCGUGCAGUGAAGGCGGCCGCUAUCAUGUUCUUGGUGCUGUACUUGCCCUAUCACGUGAUGAGGAACAUAAAAAUUGCGACACAGAACCCAAAAGCAGGGCUGUCUUUGCGUACUAAUUUGGUCAUUGAGGCGGUGUACACAGUGACGCGGCCAGUCGCUUUCGCUCACAGUGUCAUCAAUCCGGUGUUUUACUUCCUCAUAACAGACUCCUUCAGAGACCUUAUGAUGGGCAAGCUCGGACAGAUAAAGAGGAGAAUAUUCCCUCCCACCUAA